AUGGCCUCCAAAGAAAACACAACAAGUCCCGACGACGCCACAAUCAAGUCGCACAUCGAGCAGCUCGUCAAGACGCAGCUCCCCACCUCCGCUAUCUACAACUUCCUCCUCUCAGACGUGCGCAUCACCGCCACCACGCGCGGGACCGUGAAGGCGCGGCUAGUCCUGACGCGCAAUCACAUCAACUCGGGCGGCGGCAUCCACGGCGCCGUCUCGGCCGCCGUCGUCGACUGGGCCGGGGGCAUGGCCAUCGCGACCUGGGACCUGCGCGCCAAGACGGGCGUUUCGGUCGACAUCCACGUGCGCUACCUGGCGUCGGCGCGCGAGGGCGACGAGGUCGAGAUCGAGGGCACGGCCGAGAAGGUCGGCGGGAGCUUGGCGUUCACCACUGUCACUAUUUCGAAGGUCGUGGAUGGGGUUGUGGGGGAUGUGGUGGCGAGCGGGACCCAUACGAAGUAUGUGAAGCAGCGGGUUUAG